GUCAUCAUUGAAGGACGGUGUGUCAGAAUUUAGUAUAAAUUAAACACAAAAUAAUUUUUAGAUAUGUUGUUUCAUGCAUAUAUUAUUUUUUCAGUAAUUAAAUGCAAAUACAAUAAGAUAAAUAUAUAAUAAGAAGCGAUAAAUGCAUGUGACGAUUUUAAACAAUUGAUUCAUUAUAACAUAUAAAGUAUGAAAUUACUGUAUUUGAAAUAGUUAUUUUAAUAUUUAAAUAUAUGAUUAAUGUUAAAAAUGUAUAUUACCAAUGAUCUAAUAUAAAAUAUUUAUUUAUAUAAACUGAAAAAAAUAUCUGCGCGGUUGGGCUGGUCGAGAUCUAGUUUCAUCUUAUAUAAGCGUACGUUGAAGUUGAAUUAAAACCCUAAUUGAUCACGAGUGCAAACAACGAUGAUCUCCGAUCUGCCGCAGGAUUUGAUAGAAGAGAUACUGUCAAGGGUUCCGGUGAAAUCUCUGAGAAAACUACGAUCAACGUGCAAACGAUGGUACCAUCAAGCAUUAUUCAAAGAUCCGAGAUUCAUCAAAAAGCACUUUGAUAAAACAGCAAGACAGUAUCAUGCUCUCAUGGUGAUAGGUUCUUGGGUACGUUCAGUGAGCUCCGUACUCGAUAGGUCCGUUCUUACCACGGAAACUGAUUUGGUUUUAGGUGGUCGAAUUAGCCUAAAUGUUCCCAAUUCUGACGGUGCACUAGUCGAUGUAAGUAAUGCCUUUCACUGCGAUGGCAUAUUGCUAUGCACCAACCACGAGGCAAACAUGCUUGUGGCUUGGAACCCGUUUUCAGGGCAAACCAGAUGGCUCCAACCGCAUACGCGAAACUACUUUGGAAUAUAUGCUCUCGGAUACGACAAGAACGAAUUGUUCUGUAACUACAAAAUCUUGAGGUUUCCUUGUAGAAACGGAAAGUUGUCAGUAUGGGAGAAACCUGCUGUCACUCCCGAAAGCGAUGACCUAAAACCUGAAAUCUAUGAGUUUAGAACUAAUUCAUGGAGGAGUCUUGAUGCCAUCAUCACUCCCCAAGCCUUCAUAAACACUUGUGGCGUGUCUUUGAAGGGAAGUACUUACUGGGUGUCAAGAGGCAAGGGCUACUCACUACUCCGUUUUGAUUUUUCAACAGAAAGGUUUCAACCUUUGUGUGCUCCCAUUGGUCAUGAUGACCAUUCUGGCACCAUGACUCUAUCUGUUGUUGGAGGAGAACGUAUUUCCUUGUUUUAUCAGAGCCAAGAGACACGCGAGGUGGAAAUAUGGAUGAGUGAUGAGAUUGAGACUACAUUUGUGUCGUGGAGCAAGUUCUUAACAAUAGAUGUUGUAGAUCCUUUUUUCUCGAAUUCCAUGAGCUUCUUCAUUAUUGACGAGGAGAAGAAAGUUUUCUUGUGUUGUGAUAAAAGAGGGGAGAGCUUCUUAUUGGUAUGUUUUGUUGUUGGAGAAGAAGAAUAUAUAGCAACGCCUAGUAUUUCACUACGCUGGUUAAGUAUUUCAGUUGAACGCAUACAUAUUUGGUGUUUACCAUCCUUUAAUGCUACAAGAUUGCUCGGUUAUGUUCCAAAAGAAUUAUAGUUUAGUUUGCUUCCUUUGUCAUGUCCUUCUAUUGAUGGAUGAAAUUAUUUUCAGUUCUUUUUUUUUCUUGGUAUUUUUACUUAUGGUUGCAAGGCUGGUUUCAUAGAGUUUUUGUUGAAACCUGAGAAAAAUUCUCUGUUUUUGUGUGUGUCUAAGGCACAUAGAUUAUGAUAGACAUGAGUAAGGCAGUGAUAGCAUGUUUUGGGUCUAGUUAAGGAUAUGAAGACAUCUUCCGGGUCCCAAAUAAAAAGUACAAAUC